AUGAAGUUGUAUUGCUUAAGUAGUGAACCUACUAAGCCAUGUUUGGUGUUGAGUUUCAAAGGAAUAACAUUAAUGUUAGAUUGUGGAUUGAAUAUGCAAUCAAUAUUAAAUUUUAUGCCAAUGCCGAUGGUACCAAGUGCCAAAUUUAAUGCAUUACCUAAUUGGCUUCCAAGGGAUAAUCAUCAAGACUGGCAAAUGGAAGGGGAAUUGAAAGAGUGCUGUGGUAGAGUCUUUGUAGAUGCAACUCCUGAAUUUUCUCCACCUUUGGAGAAGAUUGUUGAUUUCUCAGAAAUCGAUGCAAUUUUAAUAUCGAAUUAUAUGUGCAUGCUUGCACUGCCCUUUAUCACAGAAGGUACUGGGUUCAAAGGCAUUAUCUUUGCUACAGAACCCACAUUACAAAUUGGUCGGUUCUUCAUGGAGGAGCUUGUUGAAUUUAUAGAACAAACGCCUAGAGCAACACAGGCUCAACAGUGGAAAGAAAUGCUACAUGUUUUACCACCUCCGUUAGCCGAUGCUUUGAAACCAAAAUCCUGGAAGCAAAUAUACUCGAUAGCUGCAGUUAACUCUGCACUGGCUAAUAUCCAGAUGGUUGGCUAUGACCAAAAAUUGGAUAUAUAUGGUGCUUUAACAGUUACCCCUAUUAGCUCUGGAUACUGUCUAGGUAGUAGCAAUUGGCUUAUCUCAUGUGACCAUGAGAAAGUAGCCUUUGUCAGUGGAUCUUCAACGUUAACAACACAUCCAAGACCGAUGGAACAGACAACUUUAAAACAUGCCAACAUGUUAAUACUAACUGGCUUGACACAGACUCCAACAGCUAAUCCAGAUACCAUGCUCGGAGAAUUAUGCAUGACUGUAGCUAUGACUUUACGAAGUGGUGGCUGCGUUUUAAUUCCAUGCUAUCCAUCUGGCGUUGUUUAUGAUCUAUUUGAGUGCCUGAGUACCCAUCUAGACAAGUCAGGAUUCACACAGGUUCCUUUGUUCUUCAUAUCACCCGUAGCAGAGUCAUCAUUAGCUUACUCAAAUAUAUUAGCAGAAUGGCUCUCCACAAAUAAGCAGAACAAGGUGUAUCUACCAGAAGAACCAUUUCCUCACGCCUUCCUAGUUAAGAAUGCAAGACUUAAACAUUUUACAUCAACCUAUGCUGAAGGUUUCAGUACAGAUUACAGACAGCCCUGUGUUGUCUUCUGUGGUCAUCCUAGUCUAAGGUUUGGUGAUGCCGUUCAUUUUGUCCAGCUCUGGGGAAAUAAUCCUCAACAUACAAUCAUUUUUACUGAACCUGAUUUUCCCUAUUUGGAUGCUCUGGCACCGUUUCAGCCGCUAGCAAUGAAAGCUGUACACUGUCCUAUUGACACUUCCUUAAAUUUUACUCAGGCGAAUAAGUUGAUACGCGAUUUGAAACCUGAAAAUCUUGUUGUUCCUGAAUGUUAUACACAGCCACCGAUAACAGCUCCACACAGAGCGGAUUUGGUUAUUGAACCCGUGGGCGAUAAACAAUUGAUAACAUUUAAACGUGGUGAGGUAAUAAAGUUGCCUUUGAAAAGAAAAAAGGGUAGAGUCUUUAUAGAGCCGGAGUUAGCCAGUAAUAUUAUUCCUAGUGAAAUAAGACCAGGUUUGAGUUUGGCAUCCGUAACUGGAGAACUCGAGGUGAAGGACAACGUUUACACAAUUAAGCCUCUCACAAAAACGGCAGAUGAAAAAGCUGGUACGAAACGAAAAGCUUCCAGUGGUUCACCAGUUCCUUUGAAAGAAGAUGUUCUCAAGGAACGUAAACACGAGUACGGUAAUUUGGAUCCGCAGGAAUUACUACAGAAACUCAGCCAGGAAGGUAUCCAAGGAGCAAAAUUGCAACACAGUCCUACCUCGACCAGCAUUCACUUGCAAGAUGAAGAUACCUUAAUUCAAAUAGGAGAUAAUUCAACACACAUCUUCUGCAAUGGGGAUCAGAAGCUUCGGCGACGACUCAGAUUAAUAAUACUACAGUGUCUUAAACAAUUUUAAUUAAAAUAAGUCUUUUUUUUAAUAAAAACAAAAUCAGAUAGGA